AGUCUGCUCCGACUAUCCCGCCGCGUAUAUUUCAUAUCCCUAUAUGCUGCGGGUUUGCCUUGGAUCGACGCAGUUGUUCCGUCCUCGCACCCUCCGUAAUCGCUCACCAUCGAUGGGGACGGCGAAGAUGAGAUGAUGUUGGUUGUUGAGAUGAUUGGAUUUAUAAUCUUCUCGUCGGGAUUUGAUUUAUAAGCAGUCGACGCAGCUCGUUUUGGGAGCUAAAAGUUGAAGCGCCUUUAGGCUUCUACUUUCACGCGGUCCACGAUGGGAGAAUCGGUAACUUGGCAGACCACUAGCUGGCGGGUUGCUGGUGGACCCGCGCAACCAGGCUCUGCAUGCCUCGCCACAUCACCGUUGUUCCCGCCUCGACGAAGGCCGGCAGGGAGACGAUCCGCGUGCUUUUAGCAUCCGAAAGCAAGCCUCUGGUCCGUGGCAUAUAUCGAGAUACCUCCAAAGUGCCGGCUGAGUUCGCCAGCCACUCGAAUUUUGAGGCAGUCCAGGGCGACGUGGGAACCGGCGCUGGGCUCGACUUCAGUCGCUCGGACGCCGUCUUUUACAUCCCGCCGCCGAUAUAUGACGGCACCGAUCAGGGAGAGUGGGCGACCCAGACAGCCACUAACGUGAAGAGUGCCCUCGAGAGCGCUCCGAAUGUGCAGAGACUUCUUCUCUUCUCUUCCGUAGGGUCCCAGUAUAAUCACGGCGUUGGGAUCUUGCGCCUGAAUCAUAUCUCUGAUAAGAUUCUCGAGAAUUCCGUGCCCGAGGUCCUUAUAAUCCGGCCUGGCUACUUCCACGAGGACUGGGCUCAUCUGCUUGAGAUAGCGAAGGCAGACCCGCCUGUCCUUGAGUCCUGGCUGACGCCUCUCGAGCACAAGGUUCCUAUGGUUGGCCUCCAGGACAUCGGCGAAACCUGCGCGGAAACUUUGCUCGCUGAAUCAACCAAGCCUAGCCCCUAUUAUUUCAAGCUGUUCGGUCCCCGGCACUAUGGCUCCCUGGACCUCAGGAGCGCGGUCGAGGAAAUCACCGGAAAGGAGGUUCAGUUGAAAAUCGUCGAGAGGGGGGAACUCCCCAGCUUCUUCGCGAAGCUGCUGCCGCCGACGUAUGUGCAGGAAUUGGUCGACAUGACGACGGCUGUAUUGCCCGGCGGGACGAUGGCGGGAGAUUUCGAAUACGAUGAAGGGACCGUCAGAGGACGAGUGGAGUUGGUUGAUAGCUUGCGCAAGCUGUACACUAAGGAGAAAUAGGAAGCUCCUGUAGACGCAGCAUGCCAACACGUCUAGAAUCUGUGAACUAAAUACAUAUAGCAGACAUUAAUAGCAAGGUAAUUAUACCGGGGGCAGCGUUCGCGCGCAAACGCACGCGC